AUGUCCGAGUUCAUCGGAUCUCGCAUUUCCCUCAUCUCGAAAAGCGACAUCCGCUAUGUCGGCACGCUCGUCGAGAUCAACUCAGAAGCUUCCACAGUCUCAUUAGACAACGUGCGAUCCUUUGGCACAGAGGGGCGCAAGGGCGGCAAGGAUGAGUAUCCUCCAUCAGACGUGGUAUAUGAGCAGAUUGUCUUUCGAGGCAGCGAUGUGAAGGAUUUGCGCAUUGAGGAGCCGGUCAAAGAGAAGGCGCCGCCUGCAAUGCCUCAGGACCCCGCCAUCAUCGGAGUACAACAAGCUCAGGCUCGGCAAGAGAGCAGCCCGCAAGAUGUGUCCGGUCGCCAGCAGCAGCCGCAGAACUUCCCUCAGCCUGGCCAGUUCCCUCCAGGCGGCUACCCGCCUUUCGGUGGCCCUGGAGGCCCCUAUGGCAAUCGGUUCGGUCCUCAGGGUGGGUUCCCUGGUGGACCAGGCCCUUUCCCUCCAGGUGGACCGCCAGGCGCAUUUGGCAUGCCGCCGUUUGGCGCACCUCCUGGCUGGUUUCCACCGGGCCAGGGCUUCCAUCAGCCACCCGGGCCGUUCUCGCCAAACAUGCCAAUCGGCCCUCCUGGCUUGAAUCAGAACCAACCUCCACAGGGCCCUCGUAACCCAUCAGGACCGCAGGCCGGCAAGGAUGAGAAGCCUGGUCAAGUGCAACAACCCAAGGUUGCGGAGGCGGAUGGUGCAUCGGCCAAGUCGCAGCCCAAGAACGGCGCAAAGGCUUCUGGCGCUACUCCCACACCUGCUGGCGCGAAACAGCCUCCCCCGCCCCCGGUCGAUUCGAAGCCCGACGUAUCGGCUGCGUUGGCACCCCCCCAUCCCCAAACUGCCCAACAGCUUGCGUCGGCCAAGGGUGCACCCAGUGGACCAAAGGGUGGUCGGAUUAUUCCUGCAGUUCCCAUUCCAAGCCCGAGGGCUAACAAGACCGCGCCCCAUGCGCAGCAAGCCGUCGCUGCUGUUGCGACCGCCCAGGUUCCCAACGCUACCCCACAGAACGCUACGCAGCUGGCGACUGCUGCGGUGGCUGAGGCCAUGGCGAAGCUCAACAUCCAGAACAAGAGCCAAGCUGGGGGUCAGCUGCAGGGUCAAGUGCCUGCUUCGGAUCAUAUGAACAACUUGGCGCAAAAAGUCGAGGGCAUGCGCGACCAGAACCGUCAACAUCAACCACGUCAACGUGUUGCAGGCGAGUUCCGUGGUAGGGGUGGGCGGGGAGGUCGAGGUGGUGUUCAUGCACAGCAUCCCAAGAUGGAGGUACCCACAACCGAUUUUGACUUUGAAUCCGCAAACGCGAAGUUCAAUAAGCAAGAUUUGAUCAAAGAGGCCAUUGCUUCCGGAUCGCCGCUUGGUGAAGGCGGUGCGGGUCCCUCGGCUGACGCAUCGUCCAAGGACAAGGAAGAGGUCGUCAUCCCUGGUGGCUCAAUGUACGACAAGAGCUCUUUCUUUGACAACAUUUCGAGCGAACUCAAGGAUAGGGAAGAAGCCGCCACGCGUGGCCAGGAGUUCCGCAACCAAGAACGCCAGAAGAACAUGGAAACCUUCGGCCAAGGCAGUGUCGAUGGCUACCGGGGCCGUGGACGCGGCCGCGGUCGCGGGCGUGGUGGCCGUGGCUCUGGCUAUCGUGGCCGCGGCGCUCCUCGAGGCCGCGGUGGUGCUGAUCUCAGUGCUCAGCCUGCUGCUUAG